GGUCUCCGCCUGCUCGGCUGCCGUGUGUGAAAUGAGAUCCAACCCGUUCUGGACCGAGCCGACUGCCACAACCUGCUCCUGGACGGCGACCAGGAAGGCUCGCAGUGUCCCCUCGACGCAAUGCCGCUUCCCCUGCUUCCCGACGCCUCCGCCCGGCUGUGAGGAUGAAGGAGGUCCAUCAUGGGGGUCGCAAGCACGUCGCCUCGGCUGACCUUCCACCGCCCGCGGUCCACGUCAGCCGAGCCCCGCCGAUACUAAGCGGCGCUACGGAGGAAACGUCACCGCCGGCGGGCGCCAGGCUGCGGCUCUCCAACAAGGUGGGGAUGGUGAAGGUGGUGCGGCGGCACCUGUCUCCUCAGCCGCCCAGCCUGGAGAGCCUGGAGGCGGCUUGGAGGGGCAGAGCUCGACCGGAGCCUUUGAGGAGCCCAGACAGAAGGAAGGGCCAGGCAGAGACCGGGGACAGACUGGGCCAGGAAGGGCACGCUGGGGGACCGCAUAGGACCCGGAAGAAGGGGUUCAGACCCCCUGACGUGAGGACCAUCUUCACGUCGGGGGAGAAGGACCCUAGGGUGAAGGAGGAGUCCGGGGAGGGCCACAGCUUUGGGCCUGGAGGGGAGGGCACCUGGUGUGACGUAUGCUGCAAGUACAUCUUCCGCAGGGGUCUCACCUGUGCAAGUUGCAAGUACGCGUGUCACGCCGCCUGUCGAGAUCGAGUGUCGCUGGACUGUCACCCGGCGCCGUCGCAUGUCACCCACGACCAGCUCAACAACAACAACAACGUCAGCAACGCCGCGCCGCACGAUGUGGAGAAGGACAGGAAACUGCGCACGGAGUUCAGCAGGGAGGAAAUCAGGCAGAAGAUCGAGCAGUACAACUCCAUUACCAGAGACCACCUGAAAAUGACCCUGGGUUCUACUGGCGUGUACACGGGCUUUAUUAAGGUCCAAAUGGACCUGAGGAGGCCUGUGACGGUGCGAGGGGGCCAGAGGGGAGCGGGAGGAGACGCUGCAGGCGAGGCCUUCUAUCUGCCCCGAGGAGUCACCAACACACUUCACAUCAGCUCCAAUAACACCGUCAGACAGGUGAUCGUGGCGCUGCUGAAUAAGUUCACUGUAGCAGACAACCCGGCCAAGUACGCCUUAUACAAACGCUACCGCCGUGAGGAGCAAGUGUACGUGUGCAAGCUGGCUGACGGCGAACAGCCGCUGUUUCUGCGUCUGGUGGCGGGCCCCGACAACGACGCGCUGGGCUUUGUCCUGCGAGAGCAACAGACCGGAGAAGUCAUGUGGGACGCCUUCUCCGUCCCGGAGCUACGCAACUUCCUGCGCAUCCUGGACAAAGAGGAGGAGGAGCAGAAGGAGGUGGUGAUUCGCCGCUACAACGUUUACCGCCAGAGACUGAAGGAUGCGCUGAGGGAGCUGCGAGGACACUCUUAGAUGUUUGCUCGCCAAGAAUAAAGAAAGAAGAGAACUUUGCGGACUCGGGAGGAUUCUACGAGUCCACUCGCUGCCUGAAGACAGAAAAGGACUGAUGUGCCAAAGCAUGAAAAACUAUCAAGUCUGUACAUAGUUUCAUUUUCUUAAUUUAUAUGGGUGACGCUUUUUAUUGCAAAGUCUUAUUUUGUUGAGUUGAGCAGCGACGGUGACACAAUCACAUGACGCCCCCUCAUUGAAGAAGGAAGGAGGAAGGAGAGCAGUGUGGGACAUGAAGAAGAAGCGAAGGUUGGUUUGGGAUAAAGAGGUUCCAGGAAGUAGAUGAAGGGUGAUAGAGGAAGUAGAAUAGAAGCAGGGCAGAGUCGCGGAGAAUAAAAACACAUUGAGGUGGGCGAGCGCUGAUAUCGGCACCUUUUUUUUUUUUUUUUGAAUAGCAAGUGCUCUUAUCUGGCACCCUCAGCCCCUCCUGUGCCGGAUGACUUGGCAACGAGGAACAGGCGAGAGAAGGAAGGAUGAGGAGGCUUCUCGUAUUGUUUAUUUGCUGGAUUCAAAUGAAAACUUCCUCUCCGGGGACAUACCGCGUGAAACAGCACCCUCUUGUGGACAAACACUGCAACUACGCUCCUCCACAGCUUUAUUUUUGUAGGAUUAUUCUUAUUCUGUCGUUGUAACCAAAGAUAUUUUAGCGGUGUUGCCUGGGGCAAAAAUGAGUAGAUGCGAAAUAUAUCGAGUAGAGUUUUAUUUAAAAUGAUUUAUUUGUCUAUGAAACACUGGCUUUGCGUGGAAGCAAAGAAAGGUCAAACAUGGGCAUUACUGCAAUUUCUAUCAUUCUGACAAACGAUUUGAGGAACAUGAUUGUUUUUUAGGAUCCAAAUGUGUAAAAGAAUGAAUGAAAUGAAAUAAAAUUGGCAUAGUUUUGACCUUUCUGUGCUACCCGUCUCCAUGGAAAUGCGUAUCAAAUGUUAUGUUGUUGUUGUAUCUCUUUACAUGAGUUGUAUCAACUAAAGAUGUUGUUGUUUUUUGGGGGGGGUGGGGGUUUUAAACGACUUAAUUCAGGGAAAACGGGUUGAUUUUUGUUUUUACACUCUACACUUUAUAUUUUAUCACCUAAACGCUGUUCGUCGAUGUGUCGAUGUAGCUUGGUAAGAUGUAUUUAAACAAAACGACUCGUUUGGCGUCACGUGUGACGCGUUACCGUGGCAACUGUUGACGCACUUGGGCUGCUGUAUGACAAUAGACGCCUCUAGAAGUCGCAAAUUCGAAUGAAUUCUAAACUUUCUUGACCUUACAGCUGUUUUAACUGCAUGUGUGGCGUAUUUCAAGGAGAGGGUGAACGUUUGACUCCUCGGCAGUGCCUUUCUGUUUUCAUAGCGUCUGAAAACUGAAGAUUAUUCCACGUUUUUUUCGCUCAGAAGGUUUGACGUUGUUAAUCUGUCACGUGCAGCUAUUAAAGAUGAACUUUAAAACA